UGAAAGUGCUAACAGCAGCAGGAGGUUGGAGCAGAGAGGAGAGCAGAGAGGGAUUUAAAGGGUUUUAGAAAGAGAGAGUUUGAUUUCUUUGACCAGUUUAGGAGUCAGACUCUUCAGUAAAGCUGAGUCUCUCCACAUCCUGAGUCGUGGUCGACCUGUCAGCAUGGACUCGGCGCUGCUGAUUGGGUGGCAGCAGGAGAAGGAGGAGCUUAAACAGGAACUGUGUCGUCUGCACACGGAGCUGGCCGAGAGUCGAGCGGAGAGGGAGGAGCUAGAGUCGAGGAGCAGAGCGCUCAACGACCGGCUGCUCCAGACUGUGUCUCCCUCGCUCGCCCUCUCUCUGCAGCUGGAGGGGGAGCAGAGGGAGUGGAAGAAGAGGGCGAGGGAGGGGAGAGAGAGAGAGGCGAGGCAGGCUCUGCUCAUCCACCGCCUGCAGAACAAGGUGUUGGAGUACAGAGAGCAGUGUCAGCGCCUGGGGCUUCAGCUACAGGAAGGAAACACACAGCUGAUUGACACUGAGCGGAGGAUCAGAGAUGAACACAGUGAUUCUCUGGAGAGCGCCCUCAUCAGGCUGGAGGAGGAGCAGCAGAGGUCGACCGCUCUGGCUGAGACCAACGCUCUCCUCCAGCAUGAGCUCAGCCAAUCAGAGCAGGCCAACCAGGCCCUGCAGGAGGACCUCCAGAAGCUGACGUUGGAUUGGACGAGAGCAGUGGAGGAGACGGAGCAAAGAGAGAAUGACUGGCAGAGAGAGAGAGAGUGUCUGUCCGGUCACGUGGGUCAGCAGCAGGCUCAGCUGUUGACGGUUUGGAGGUCUGUGGUCGCUCUGAGACGCCACUGUAACACGGUCAAAACUUCUGCUGACAGGGAUCUGUGGCAGCUGAGGGCCGAGUUUUCUCGUCUCUCCUCCACGCUCCUCUCCGGCUGUGACUCUGUCUCCUCCUCUAUGAGGCUCAACACUCCUACUGUCAUACUCCCCUCCUCCUCUGAGCCUCCCCCCGCCUCCCCUUGUCCUCCAUCCUCUCCUCUCUCCUCCACGCAGGGAUCGUUCUCUUUAGCAGAGCUGGAGCACAGGGAGGAGGAGGAGGAGAGGAGGAGGUGGGAGGAGAAGGAGGAGGAGAGAAGGAGAUGGGAGGAGAACGAGGGGGAGAGGAGGAGGUGGGAGCAAAAGGAGGAGGAGCUUUCAGAGCUGAAGCGUCUUCAUGAGGCUAAGGUUUCCCAGCUAAAUGAGCGGAUCACAGAGCUAACUCGCUCACUACAGGUGGAGGGCGAUCAACGGGAGGAGAGAGAGAAUGAGGCAGAGAGACACCGGGAGGCGGAGAGGAAGCUCCAGUCUGUGGCUCAGUCUGUGAUUAACCUGUCCAGAGCCCUGGGCAGCAGCAGCAGAGUGGGCGUGUCCUCAGACGACCUCCUCAGUCUCGACCUGUCCUCCCUGCUGUCCGUCCUGUCCCACAGCGAGAGCACCCUCCAGUGGAGACAGCAGGAGCUGCAGGGGGCGGAGCUCUCUGUGCGGCGGCUCGGCGAGGAGAACUCUGCUCUGGUUCUACGACUGGCACAGAUGGAAGACAACCUCCUCCAGCUGAAAUCACACACAGAAUACACACAGCUGGAACUCACACACGCCCUGGACUCGCUGAGCAGGGAGCGCGAGGCGUCCUCGUUGCUUCACCUGCAGGUGGAGGAGGUGCAGAGGAGAGAGGAGGAUGUGAAGAGACAGAACGAGAGGCUGAGGAAGGAGAGAGAGCGACAGGAGGAGAGAAUCACGGAGCUGGAGACACAGACACUGAAACGGGUUGAGACGGAGCUGAUGGAAAACGUUCAGAUAUCUGAGAGAGAAACUCUUCACCGAACAGAGAUCCACAAACUGAGGGGGGCGUUAGAGAGGGAGCGGUUAGACAGACAGAGGAUAGAAGAAGAAGCAGCUGAUGCCAAAGACGCCCUGCAGCAGUCCAGAGAGAGCGUGCUGCGUCUCUCGUCCUCUGAGUGUGUGUUGAAGAGAGAAGUGGAGGAGGCCCGGGAUGCUCUGGACAAGAUGGCCGCCAUGAGCUCAGCUCUGGCUUCAGAUAAGAGAGAUCUGAACAAACAGCUGCUGCAGCUGGAGGGUGAGCUGUCAAACAGCCAAUCAGAGCUGCAGACAGUGAGGUCAGAGGUCAGCGCUCUGCAGAGGGAGGUUCAAAUGUUAAACGUGGACUGCAGCCAGCUCAGAGCUCAGCGAGACCAGGAGGCCGUCGUCAUCCUUCAGCUGAGAGAGAGGCAGACGGAGAUGGACAGACAGAUGGAGGAGAAGGAGAGACAGCUGGACUCCCUGGUGGAGGAGAAGGAGAGGGAUGGAGCUCAGCUGGGGGAGCUGUCCUCCCAGCAUGCCGUGCUGCACGGGGAGCUAAAGGAGGCACAGGAGCAGCUGCGGCAGGCGGUGGAGGAGGGGAGGAGGAAGGGCAGGCAGCAUGAGGAGCAGCAAAGGGAGAACAGGAGGCUACAGGAGGAGCAGGAGAGUCUGCAGAGACUCAGGGAGCAGCUGGAGGAGGAGCUGCAGGAGUUAAGGUGUGUAUCGGUGUCUCUCCACCAGCAGCUCUCUCAGCAGCAGAAGCAGCUCUCUCAGACAGAGGUCGACAGAUGUCAGUUAAACACGCACGUCUCUGCUCUGCAGCAGGCCAAACAAACCCUGCAGGGAGAGAUCGAGUGCCUGAGAGGAGAACUGCAGAGGACGACAGCCAGGAGAGAGGAGCAGUGGAAAAGGAGCACGGAGGAGAAGGAGGCACUGAUGGAGGAGAUGGACAGGCUGAAGGAGGAGUUGGAGGAGCUGAAGAAGAGGAGGAUGGAGGAGGAAGAGGAGAAGACGGAGGAGAGGGAGGCUUGGCAGAUCGAGAGGGAGACACUGAGCCAGGAGCUGGGGACCAAGGACGGGGAGCUGGAAGCGCUGAGGCGGCGCACGAACGCUCUGACAGAGGAGGAGAAGGAGAGACGGAGAGAAACGGACAGACUGAGGAGGGAGCUGACGGAGAAGGAGGCGAAGAGCACCUCCAUGAUGGAGCAAAUACUCCGCAUGGAAGGAGAGAGAGAGACAGCAGAGGAGGAGGUCCAGAGGAUGAAGAGGAGGUUCACGGAGGACGAGAUGAAGAGGGAGGAGGAGAUCAGCGCCCUCUGCGACCGCAUGGAGGGGCUGGAGAGGGAGAAGGAGAAGAGGGAGGAGGAGAUGGAGAGAUUGAGGAGUAAGGCAGAAGAGGAGGUGGAGAGGUGGAGGAGGACAUGGAGGAGGAUGGUGAAGGAGCAGGAGGAGGAGACAAAGAGACUCAGACUAGAGAUCAUCAGACUAGAAGAGGAGAAGAGAGAGAAGGAGAAACUCCAGAGGAGAAGGGAGGAGGAGGUGGAGCGUCUGCAGUAUGAAGUCUGGACUAAAGAGGAGCAGGUGGAGGAGCUGAAGGAGCAGCUGAAGGAGAUGGAGACGCUGCGGCUGAGGCUGAGCGUGGCCAAACAGGAGUCUGAGGAGUUGAAGGAGGAGGUGGAGCGGAAGGAGCGAAGCCUGGAGCGACAGAUGAGCGCCGUGAGGGAGAGGGAGGAGGAGGUGGAGGAGCUGAGGGCCCAGCUGAGGCUGGCAGAGGAACGGGAGGAGGAGGGAGAGAGGGAGUGUCAGGAGGCACGAGAGAAGCUGAGUCUGAAGGAGGCAAGGGAGGAGCAGCUAGAGGUGCUGCUGAGAGAAACCCGGGCGCUCCUGGAGGUGGAGAGGAAGGAGGGAGGAGAACGGGAUGGCAGGAUCUCCUCUCAGGUCAGGGAGCUGCUGGAGGUCCAGGCCGAGUGUGAAGGAGCAAGAAGUAGAGCCAGAGAGAGGGAGGAGGCGUGUGAGAGGCUAGAGGAGGAGGUGAAGGAGUGGAGAGAGAAGGCACAGCAAUGCACAAGAGACUCUGCCAAGCUCAACCACCUCCUAAAGGAGCAAGAGGAGGAGGUACAGCAGCUGAGAACACUGCUGGAGGAGAAGGAGGAGGAGGCGGAGAGGGAGAGAGAGGAGCUGAAGAGGAUAGAGUUGGAGAGGAGGAGGAGGCUGGACAGCAACCUGAGUGAGAUAGAGGAGGAAAAAAGGAGGGCGGAGGAGAGGGUGAAGGAGGUUGUAGAGGAGCUGGACCAAGAGAUGGAGGUGCUGAGGAGAGCCAAGGAGGAGAAGAGAAGAUUAAAGGACAGACUGCAGGAUACAGAGAGGGAGUUAGAGGAGCAAGGAGAGGAGCUGAGGAGGAGAAAAGAGGAGCUGUCAGUACUCAAGCAGGAGGUGGAGAAGGAACGAGAGGAGUUAAAGGAGACACUGAGGAGAACAGAGAAGGAGACAGCAGCACUCAGAGAGGAGGUGAAAAGAGAACAAUGGGAGAAGAAGGAGGCACAGAAGGAGAUCAAAACCCUUAAGGAGCAAUUGAGGAAGGAACAGGAGGAGCUCAGAAGAAGCAAGGAGCAGGGGGCCCAGAGAGAGGAGGAACAGGAGCAGCUGAGGAGGAGCCAGAUGGAGGUGUCCUUGUUAAGAGAGGAGGUUCAAAAGAGACACAGGGAGAAAAAGGAGGCUGAGGAGGAGCUCACGUGGAGGAGAAAUGAAGUGAUUACCCUCAAAGAGGAGGUGCAGAAGGAGCAGGGCCAAAGGAAGGAAGUAAAGAAUGAGCUAAGGAGGAGUGAAAAGGAGGUGACUGAGCUCAGAGAGGAGGUACAAAAGGGGCAAAAGGAGAAGACAGAAAUGACAGAGGAGCUGCUGAAGAGGAGAGACGACAUGACAGCUCUCAGAGAGAAGGUCCAGAAAGAGCAGGGUCAAAGGGAGGAGGUGCAGAAGGAGCUGAGGAGGAGUGAAAGGGAGGUGACUGUACUCAGAGAGGAGGUAGAAAAGGGGCAAAAGGAGAAGAAGGAGAUCGAGGAGGAGCUCAUAUGGAGGAGAAAUGAAGUGAUUACACUCAGAGAGGAGAUGCAGGAGGAGCAGAGACUGAGGGAGGAGACACAUGAGGAGCUAAGGAGGACUAAAACAGAGCUGAUGUUUGUCACAGAGGAGGCUCAAAAAGGAGACACACAGAAGGAGGUGAUACAUGACCUGUUAAUAAGGACCGAAAAGGAGGCGACAGCUCUCAAAGAGGAGAUACAUAAGGAGCAGAAACUGAGGGAGGAGACACAGGAGGAGCUAAGGAGGAUUAAAAAAGAGUUCACAGUUGUUACCGAGGAGGUGCAGAAGGAGCAAACGCUGAGGAAGGAGGAACAUGACAAGUUAACAUGGACCGAAAAGGAGGCGACAGCUCUCAGAGAGGAGGGGCAAAAGGAGCGCAGGCUGAAAGGGGAGGUCCAGGAGGAGCUAAGGAGGACAAAAGCCGGGCUGACACUCCUAAAAGAAGAGGUACAGAGAGGAGAAAAGGAGAAGGAGCAGGUUCAGGAGAAACUAACAAAGGCAGAAAAGGAGGCGGCUGCUCUCAGGGAAAAAGUGCAGAAGGAACAGAGGAGGAGAGAGGAGGUGCAGGAGAAGCUGAAGGAGGUGCAGAAGAGCAUGGAGGUGAUGAACUCCAACCUGAGCUCCCUACAGAACCAGGUGUCUGAUCAGAGCCAGAGCAGGGAGAGAGCCAGGCAGGAGGUGAAGGAGAUGGAAGAGGAGAAGCAGCAGAUGAGGGAAGGUCUGAAGGCUGCACUGGAGGAGAUGACCAACCUGAAACUCCUCCUACAGGAGAGCCAUACAGAGGGGGAGCGUCUGAGGAGGGCCCUGCAGGAGAAGAAGGAGGAGAUGGAAAGGUUCAAAGAGGAGAACCUGCAGACUGUCAGAGAGGAGGUGCUACGAGAGCGGGAGGAGAUGGAGAAAGAGAGAGCAGAGAUAGAGGAGCUGAGAGCCAGAGCCAAGGCCCUGGAGAAAAGGAGAAGGGAGGUGAUGGAGGAGCUGGAGGAGGUUAGGCAGGAGAAGGAGAAGGUGGAAGAAGGGAGGAGGGGCAGAGUGGAGGAGAUGGAGGAAAAAGUGAAAACACUUUUUAAGGAGAUCCAGACACUGAAGGAGGUGGGGGAGGAGAAGGAGAAGGAGUGGAGAGCCCAAUUAGAGGAGGCCAGGAGGGAGGUGGAGGAGAGUCGGGAUGAGCUGAGCCGGGUCAGAGCCACGGCAGCCAUGUUGAAGGAGGAGAAGGAGCAGAUCUCCUCACUGUUGGCACAGAGAGAGGAGGAGACGGACGGACAGAGGAGGAGGAGAGACCAGGAGACGGGGGACGAGGAGAUCAAAGAAGGAGGAGAGGAGAAGGAGGAGCAGCUCUCUGUUCUGCUGCAGGAGCGAGAGGAGAUCAGGAGUCUGCUGAAGCAGAGAGAGACAGAAGUGUACGCUCUGACUCAGCGGACAGACGAGCUGGAGAAAGACAGAGACCGUGUCCGAUUGGCUCUGGAGCUCACUGAGGCAGCUAUGAUUGGCUACAGGGAGAGAGCCCACCAACAGGAGCAGAGCCCAGGGGCGGGGCCAAAUACAGACCAGGCUGACGGGGAGCGUCUGGUGGUCCUCCAGCGUCUGGUGGCUGAACUGGAACUGGACGUGAAACGACUGAAGAGUAAAAACACACACCUGGAAAACCAGAAAGAAAAACUGAAGAGAGACAGAAACACUCUGAGAGACACGCUCAGACAGGUGGAGGGGGAGCGUCUGAUGUUCAGGCAGAAGCUGACGGACAGCCGCAGGUCACAGUUUGCAGACACCACAGAAGAAGACCGCUUGAGGAACCGAGUGAUGGAGCUGGAGGAGCAGGUGCGUCGGUUACGUCUCUCAUUGGCUGUGGACCAGCAGCAGAGGGCGGAGUUCAUCCAGCAGUCCUCCAGAAACAGCCAAUGGCUGCUCUCUCUGAGACACGACCUCACCGACUCGCUGGACGCCGUCGCACGUCGUCCAGUCCCAUCAGUCUUGCAGUCUGAGACGCAGCGAUUGGACCGCAGCCUCAGGGAGGAGGAGCUUAGGAUGUCCCUCAGCCAAUCAUAAUGCCUGAAAUGUCCAAACUUUAAAUAAAGCUGCUGACCAAAAAUGAGCAUGUGACUUGAGCAGGCUCAGAGACAGUCUGCUGUCAGCGUGGAACAGACUGUGUUCAGGAACCAGAGACAGUUGGAACAAAGAUGAAUGAGUUAUUUAUUAAAGACUGUAGUGUUCCAGACCUCCUGCCUUAUUUCUCUUGCUGGUCCUCAUGGAGCCUUCUUCAUCUGUGUCAGACUGUUCAAAUGGACUUCAUGGCUCUCCAGAAUCACCAAAGUCUGACCCCCUUACUCAUCACUCCUCACAUCUGGACCGUCCAACCACUCUCAGCCCUCACCACACUACAUUACCCAUGAUCCUCCAGGCUGGGCUGUGAGUCUUCCUCAGGUAAAGGUCAAAGGUUGCCAGUUUGAUUGUAAAGUUCAAUAAAAACCAAAGUU